AUGGGAUACCUCCUGCCCAUACCUCCUAUUGAAUAUGGCCUGGGACACACAGAUUACAAAUAUCUGCGCUGGCAGGUGAUCGACACACCCGGUAUUCUGGAUCAUCCACUGGAGGAGCGCAACGUUAUCGAAAUGCAGGCCAUCACAGCGCUGGCUCAUCUGCGCGCCUGUGUACUGUACUUCAUGGACAUAUCCGAGCAGUGCGGCCAUUCGCUGGAGGAACAGGUCAAGCUCUUCGAGAGCAUCAAGCCUCUGUUCACCAACAAGCCUUUGAUCUUGGCCAUUAACAAGAUUGACAUUCUGACGCCGGAGGAUUUGCCGGAGGAGAGGAGACAAAUCAUCACCAAACUGCAGGAGGAUAAGAGCGUGCCCGUCAUGUUGAUGUCGACGGUCCAGGAGACUGGCGUUAUGGAAGUGAAAACAGAGGCUUGCGAGCGCCUGCUGUCAUACCGCGUGGACCAAAAGAUGCGCACAAAGAAGGUCGAUAACAUCCUCAACCGCCUGCACGUAGCAAUGCCGGCGCCGCGCGAUGAAAAGGUUCGUGCUCCAUGCAUCCCAGAACAGGCUCUGACCCGCCUCCAACAAAACGCUGCCAAGGCGGAGCGCAAGAAGAAAUUGGAGAAGGAGAUCGAGGAGGAGAUGGGCGACGACUACACGCUGGACCUCAAGAAGAACUACAGCGAGAUUCCCGAGGAGGAGCGCUACGACGUUAUCCCAGAGUUCUGGGAGGGUCGCAACAUUGCCGACUACAUCGAUCCCGAUAUCUUCGAGAAGCUGGAGGAACUGGAACGCGAAGAGGGACUGCGGGAGUCCAGCGGCGUGUAUACAUUGCCCGAUAUGUCCAUGGACGAAACGCUCAAGGAGAUCCGCGAGAUGGCCAAGCAGAUCCGAGGCAAGCGCUUCGAGCUGCGCGACGAGAAGCGUCUGUCCUCCAGGAAGAACAAGCCGGUUAUUCCGCGUCACAAGCAGCCCAAGGUCCGCGACCGUUCCGUCAACAAACUGGUGGAGACGAUGGAGGGUCUUGGCGUGGACAUGUCUGGCAGCGAGACCGCCAACUUCACCAAGUCUGUGGUGGAUCUGCGUCGUGGCCAGGUGGCCGUCGGCUCAAAGAAACUGCCCAAGCAGAUACUGCUCGACAAGGAGUCCUCCGCGGUUGUCAAGAAGACUGGCCAGCCACUGAAGCGUGCGCCUGCCCGCGACACCCUGGGCAUCAAGAAUGUGGCCAUCCGCAAGAAGGCGCAACAAAUGGCCAAGCGCGACAUUGCCAAGAAGGUGACAAAGAUGGGUCUCAAGGGCGAGGCGGAUCGUUUCAUCGGCACCAAGAUGCCCAAGCAUUUGUAUUCCGGCAAGCGCGGUACGGGCAAGACGGAUCGUCGUUAAUCUGUA